GCGGAGGCGCGGAAUUAGGGUUUUCAGCUUGUGUAGCGUUUCGUACUUCUUUGUGUCCUCAGUGUGCCUCCGGAGCUCAACCAUGGCGGAACAGACGGAGAAGGCAUUUUUGAAGCAGCCGAAGGUUUUCUUAAGCUCGAAGAAAUCCGGAAAGGGAAAGAGACCUGGCAAGGGUGGGAAUCGCUUCUGGAAAAGCAUUGGGUUGGGUUUUAAGACACCCAGAGAGGCAAUUGAAGGAACUUAUAUUGACAAGAAAUGCCCAUUUACUGGUGAAGUUUCUAUUAGAGGCCGUAUUCUUGCUGGCACUUGCCACAGUGCAAAAAUGAUGAGGACUAUUAUUGUUCGACGGAACUACCUUCACUUUGUGAGGAAAUACCAAAGAUAUGAGAAGAGGCAUUCAAACAUCCCAGCCCACGUCUCCCCAUGUUUUCGUGUGAAGGAAGGAGAUCAUGUUAUUAUUGGACAGUGCAGGCCACUCUCAAAGACAGUGAGGUUCAAUGUCUUGAAGGUCAUCCCAGCUGGGUCUUCUGCAGGUGGGAAGAAGGCUUUUGCUGCCAUUUGAGCGAUUGGAUGUUAGAAUGGAAGGAUAGUGCUAUCACCAUUGAGAUUAAUUCACCAUAUAACUCUGCUUUAUUUCUUCCUUGUGGAACUAAGAUUUUGCUUUUGUUAUUGAUACUGUUGAUGGAAUUAUGAGUGCUUAGUUGGAAAUCCCCAUUAUAUCACAAUUUUGAGGAUAUCUAUGUGUCAGGUGCUUUAGUAUUUUGGAUGUGUCCAGCUCUACAAAGAAGUGGAAUUUUUAUUUUUUUUUCUGAUGAGCAAGAAGUUGGAAAUAUUGGCUAUUUGUUCCCCUUAGUACUUUUAGUAUUUUGGAGAUUUCCAAUAUCACGAUUUAGCUGACCUAGCCUUGCAAAAUUAAUUAUGCCUUACUCU